GAUCACUGACUAUCCCUUUAAAUGCAGUCUCAUGACUUAGUCUUUACUCCACUACCUAUUAAAGAAGGAGACAAGACGUUCAUAGACAGCUUCCAUUCAGACACACAGAAGGACACAGAAAGGCAAGACAAUUUAACUGUGUGAUUACCUGGUGGAGAGUGUUCCCAGCUCACCUUCAUGUUGCCCAUUUCCUUCUCUGCAUUUAUCCUGUCUGCUUGCUGCUUAACCAAAGGAAACUGCAUCUCCUAUGAUGAGCUGAAAGAGCUGAAAACUGAAUUCGCCAUCAAUCUCUAUCGGCAUAUAUCUGAAGCAGAGAACAGAACCAAUCUGGUAGUCUCUCCAGCAAGUGUGGCUGUUUCUUUGGAGCUGCUGCAGUUUGGAGCACAAGGAAAUACCUUUACAGAGCUGCAGGAUGCCCUAGGAUACAACAUUCAUGAUCAAAGCGUGCAGGACUUCUUGCACACAGCGUAUGAAGGAGUGACUGACUCGAGCCAAGGCACAGUGGUUCAGCUGGCAUGUUCCUUCUUUGUGGAUGCUGGCGUGCAGCUCUUGCCUCACUUCGCUGCACAUGCUGCACGCUGGGCAAACAGCAGCCUGCAGCAAACCAACUUUACUGACACCAACAGAACCACGGCCCAAAUACAGGAAUGGAUCACCAGUAACCUUGCAGAUGGGGAUGUGCGUGACAUGCCGUUGGAGACUGCUAGGUCGUCGCUCAGCCAGGUUGCCUUGCUGAGCACCAUGUAUUUCAGAAGCACGUGGCAGAAGAAGUUUUCCCUUAUGGACACUCAGAUGUUGCCUUUUACCACAUCAGAGGGCUCAACUCUGAAAGUGCCCACAAUGCAUCAUACGGCUGAAGUUAACUACGGCCAGUUCCAGACUGCGGCUCUGGAGGCAUUCAGUGUGGUUGAGUUACCCUACCUGGGGGAGAAACACAGCAUGUUCCUAGUGCUUCCCAGCCAUAAAAGAACACCUUUGUCCCAGAUUGAGUCUCACCUUUCUGCCAAAGACAUAACCCUCUGGGCCAACAGCUUAAAGAGAACAAAGAUGGACAUUUUUCUACCUAGGUUCAGUAUUCAAAGCCUCUUAGACCUAAAGACAGUUUUUUCUGCCUUGGGAGUUAGAGACGCAUUUGAUCCCAUCACUGCUAAUUUUAAAGGCAUUUCAGAUCAAGAUAGUCUUUACAUUUCAGAAGCUAUUCACAAAGCAGAGAUUGAAAUAACAGAAGAUGGUACAAAGGCAUCGGGAGCUACAGCAAUGGUAUUACUAAAAAGAUCUCGAACACCUAUUUUCAGAGCAGAUCGACCCUUCACAUUUUUUCUGAGACAAGCUAAUACAGGUUCAGUACUCUUUAUAGGAAGAGUUACAAAUCCUUCAUAAUAAGCACUAAACAAAUACGCUGUCUUCUGUUCCUCCUACGGUGAGCUUUCCUCCAAAGAAAUUAAAGGCUACAUUAUAUGUAUUUAUUAAAACACUGCUUUAAGCAGUAACACUUUUGCAAGAAAAAGUGAGACUAAGCCCUCCACUACUUUAUUACAUUGUACACACUGUUGGAAACUUAUAGCUGUCUAGGAAUUAUGAGCACCACAACUACAGCAAAGACAGUAAGCAUAUAAACAUUUGAGAAAAAAACGAACAAAUUUUGCCCCUUAAAUAUUUAACAGUAUGGGCCAACAGCUUCUACUUAACUUCAUCAUGGCUGAAAGCUUGACUGUUGCCGAGUAUGUAGGUCAUCUGAAUGAAAGCAUCCUACAAGAAA